AUUAUUUUGGGUAUCACGAUAUAUUCUGAUGGGUGGUGACCAGUUCGCGCUAGCGAACGAGUUCACACCCAUCAGAAUAUCACGUGAUACCCAAAAUAAUUGUUCAAUAAGGAACUUGUAUCAUGUCAAUCAUUGGUCACAUUGUAUUUUGUCAACGCACCGCCCAGAUUGUCAAACUGCUUUCGCGCCAGCAUCAUUACCGCGCAGUCUUGCAGAGCGUCAAGAUGGAGGUAAACGAGUGUCCCGCAUCAGAAUAUUUACCAAAUGAAUUGCCAGACCCGUUCGACAUUUUUUAAUCGGAUAUAGAUGACGUAACAUUGUCCCAAGUCUGUGAACAGUUAGAAAAAGAAAAUGACGUGUUUGAAGGUUUUCCGAAGUUGUUUAUGUCUCAGACAAUGCAUGAAUAUGGACUAACCACGCCAAACGAUAUAUCCAACGACAUGGAUAUUAUGUCUUCAGAAUACACAGAUACUGGAAACUUUGAUCUGGAUUUUCCUGAUUCGAAGGCUUUUGUGAAGGAAUCUGCGGCAAGUAACCGUUUUAUUACACCCCUGUCAGAGACUGAAACUAAAGAUUUAAUAGAGUCCCAUGAAAAUCGCAAUACCAAGAAGAACACAGCCUGGGCGUUCCGGGUUUUUGAGUCUUGGCGCUCACAUAGAAAUGAUUCCGGCGAAAUUGUGAAAGCAUUACAUAAAAUGACAACUGAAGAGAUGAAUUACUAUCUUGGACGAUUUAUCGUUGAAACUAGAAAACAGGAUGGACAGCCGUACCCCCCUCGCUCACUGUACCUCAUUGCUUGUGGACUUUUACGACACCUGCAAGACAUGAAAGUGUAUGACAAAAACUUUCUGUGCACCAAAACUUUGGAGUUUUCUGAAUUCCGAAAAAUACUUGAUGCCAGAAUGAAAGAGCUGCUACAAAUGGGAUAUGGUACCAAGGUCAAGCAGGCACAGGCCAUUUUACCGGAAGACGAGGAAGUGCUUUGGGAGAAAGGCGUCUUUGGAAACUCAAAUGCGGAGGCAUUACAGAGUACUGUGUUCUUUUAUGCAUGUAAGCUAUUUGCCCUGAGAGGUCACGACGAGCACCACCAGCUGCAGUGUGAUCAGUUUUCAACUGGAGAGGAUCAAGGUGGGACUUACGUCGAGUUCUUAGGUCGUAGCACAAAGACGUACAAAGGAGGACUCAAGGAGCUGGAGAUAGUGAACAAAAACAUUCGUCAUUACUGUCAGAAUUACGAGCGGAAUGUGGCCUAUUUCGUUAGACAGUAUAUCGAGGCAUUGUGGGGAAGAGGCGCAUUUUACAGACGGUCCCUUCAUGGAUACCCUAUUCGUUAUGGAGAACAACCGAUUGGUAUCAAUAAGUUGAAGAAUUUUAUGAAGAUCAUUUGUGAGCGUGGUGGUCUUAAGGGUAAUUACACAAAUCACAGUGGAAAACGAAGUUGUGCAACACAACUUUACAUGGCUGGAGUUGACGAACAGGAAAUCAUGGCAAGGACGGGGCACCGAUCUUAAAAAAGUGUGUGCAAGUAUAAGCAAUCUUCCGCAAGUAUCCAACAAAAGGUAGCUGCUGUUCUAGAUCCGCCUCCCACAGGUAGCUCGGGGAUAAAAUCGCAGAAGCGUGAUGGAGAAAUGGAUGAUGUUGAAAACCGCGGUGAUGCAUGCGAAUUUAAGAAAUUCAAAAAGGAAAUAUCUGACGAGAAGCUUGAUUCAGGACGUACCAGUGUUUUGCGUGAAAUCUCCUCUGAUCGCCCCAUUUUCAAUAACUGCAAUAUUUCUUUUAAUUUAAAGUAAGAGGAUUUAUUUCCGCGGUGCUGCAUGUGAGCUAUGCAUGUGUAAAAACUGUUCGUUUUGUUUUCUUUUUUGACCUGUUUAUGUGUUCAAACUUUGAAGGUUGUAAAUUCUCUAUUUGUUAAACUUUGGCUUGGGCCAUAAAUUCUGUAUGUUUUUUUUCGAAGCAGUUUUAAUUUCUAGAAUGUUCGUGUUAGCAUAAAAUAAAAACAUUGUUUGACACGUGUUGUUUU